UAUCCGCUCAGGAUCACCAUCAACAAGGACACGAAGGUGCCCAACGCCUGCCUGUUCACCAUCAACAAGGAGGACCACACGCUGGGGAACAUCAUCAAGUCGCAGUUACUGAAGGACCCCCAGGUGUUAUUUGCAGGGUACAAGGUCCCGCACCCGCUGGAACACAAAAUCAUCAUCCGGGUCCAAACCACCCCAGAUUACAGCCCCCAGGAAGCCUUCACCAACGCCAUCACGGAUUUGAUCAGUGAGCUCUCCCUCCUGGAGGAGAGGUUCAGGGUUGCUAUUAAGGACAAACAAGAAGGAAUCGAGUAAAGUCACCCCAUUUAGAGCAGACUGGGUUGCUGAGGCAGAAUGACGCAUCUGUUGGGUGAAUGCUGUAUUCAGACCUCCAUUCAUGGCAAAUAUUUUCUCCCUUGUCCCACUUUUAUUUAAUUUUUGACAGCAGCAGCGAUAUUGUGAGGUGUUUGGGUUUUUUUGUUUUUUUUUUUAUACCAGGCAGGCGCUUUGCCAAGAGGAUAAAUGUCUUGUUUGAUUUGAUGGAUAAGUCAUUAAAAUGAUUUCUACUUUUCUAAUUGGAGCCUUAAGGCAAAUAUUUUUUUGGGGCUGUUGGCGAGUUUAUUGUGGGUGUACUUCCAGAACGAGAAGCUGCUGGGUGUUGGCGGUAGAGGAACUCCUUGCUUUUCCGUUCCAAAAAAAUCCAGGCACUGCCAACGGAACCAGUAUUUUGUUUUAUUAAGUGUCAUUUCUAUAAAACAAAUGCACAAAUUGUGGAAAACUUACAGUAAAAGAAACCGGAUGUUUACAAUGA